AUGGGCAGUAGGCUCUGGGCACAGUGGGCAGUGGACACCCAGGCAGGGGAGAACGGUCCGUUCACGGGGACCCCUCCCACUUACGGUUACGAUGCAGACCGUGCGGAGGAGCAGAGGCGCCACCAUGACAUCCUGCCCUACAUCGACGACUCGCCCUCCUCCUCGCCACACCUCAGCUCCAAGAGCCGCAGCAGCCGAGACACCCUCUCCUCUGGAUCCCUUGAGUCCUCCAAGUCGACGGAGUUGGACCUGGAGAAAGGCCUGGAGAUGAGGAAGUGGGUUCUGUCUGGGAUCCUGGCCAGCGAGGAGACCUACCUCAGCCACUUGGAGGCACUGCUACUGCCUAUGAAGCCUCUGAAGGCAGCAGCCACCACGUCCCAGCCGGUGCUGACCAUCCCCCAGAUCGAGACCAUCUUCUUCAAAGUGCCUGAGCUCUACGAGGUCCACAAGGAGUUCUACGACGGCCUGCUCCCCCGGGUGCAGCAGUGGAGCCACCACCAGCGGGUGGGGGACCUCUUCCAGAAACAGGCCAGCCAGCUGGGAGUCUACCGGGCCUUUGUGGACAACUACGAGGUUGCCGUGGAGACGGCGGAGAAGUGCUGCCAGGCAAACACGCAGUUCGCUGAAAUCUCUGAGAACCUCAAGGUGAGGAGCACCAAGGACUUGAAGGACCAGUCAGCCAAGAACUCUCUGGAGACUCUCCUGUACAAGCCAGUGGACAGAGUGACCCGAAGCACCCUGGUUCUGCAUGACUUGCUCAAGCACACGCCCUCCAGCCACCCGGACCACCCCCUGCUCCAGGACGCGCUCCGCAUCUCCCAGAACUUUUUGUCCAGCAUCAACGAGGAGACCACGCCCAGACGCCAGUCCAUGACCGUCAAGAAGGGAGAGAACCGCCAGCUGCUGAAGGACAGCUUCAUGGUGGAGCUGGUGGAGGGAGCCAGGAAGCUCCGUCAUGUUUUCCUCUUCACGGACCUGCUGCUCUGCGCCAAGCUCAAGAAACAGAUCGGAGGGAAGAGUCAGCAGUAUGAUUCCAAGUGGUACAUCCCUCUGUCAGACCUGACCUUCCAGAACGCAGAUGAGUCAGAGCCUCUGCACAUCCCCCAGGUGCCUGACGAGGAGCUGGACGCCAUGAAGGUCAAGAUCUCUCACAUCAAGAGUGAGAUCCAGAGAGAGAAGAGAGCCAACAAAGGGUCAAAGGUGAUUGAACGGUUGAGGAAGAAGCUGUCGGAGCAGGAGUCUCUUCUGCUGCUCACCUCUCCCAGUAUGGCCCUCCGAGUACACAACAGGAACGGCAAGGGUUACACAUUCCUGAUGUCAUCAGACUACGAGCGGGCCGAGUGGAAGGAGACGAUCCGGGAACAACAGAAGAAAUGCUUCAAGAGCUUCUCCCUGACCUCCAUGGAGCUACAGAUGUUGACCAACUCCUGUGUGAAGCUGCAGACUGUCCACCACAUCCCACUCACCAUCAACAAAGAAGGUCAAGAGGAUGAAUCGCCUGGCCUCCAUGGAUUCCUGAAUGUAAUCGUCCACUCUGCCUCGGGCCUCAAACAGAGCCUGAAUCUGUACUGCACGUUAGAGGUGGACUCCUUUGGCUACUUUGCGAACAAAGCCAAGACGCGGGUGUAUCGGUACACCACAGAGCCCAAAUGGAACGAGGAGUUUGAGAUAGACCUGGAGGGCUCUCAGACUCUGAGGCUGCUGUGUUAUGAGAAGAGCUACAACAAGACCAAGCAGAUCAAAGAGGAUGGAGACAGCACCGACCGCAUCAUCGGCAAAGGACAGAUCCCGCUGGAUCCGCAGACGCUUCAAGGCAAAGACUGGCAGAGGACGCUUAUCCCCAUGAACGGGAUCGAAGUGAAGCUCUCUAUGAAGUUCACCAGCCGGGAGUUCAGUCUGAAGAAGAUGCCGUCACGGAAACCCAUGGGCGUGUUCGGAAUCAAGAUCUCCACGGUGACCAAACGGGAGCACUCCAAGGUGCCCUACAUCGUCAGACAGUGUCUGGAGGAGAUUGAGCGGAGGGGGAUGGAGGAGGUGGGCAUCUACCGGGUCUCAGGGGUGGCUACAGACAUCCAGGCCCUGAAGGCUGCCUUUGACACCAACAACAAAGACGUGUCUGUGAUGAUGAGUGAGAUGGAUGUGAACGCCAUCGCCGGGACUCUGAAGCUGUACUUCAGGGAGCUGCCAGAACCCCUCUUCACUGAUGACCUGUACCCCAACUUCGCAGGAGGCAUUGCCCUGUCUGACAGCGUUGCCAAAGAGAGUUGCAUGCUGAAUCUACUGUUGUCGCUGCCAGAACCCAAUCUGGUUACAUUCCUCUUCCUGCUGGAUCACUUGAAGAGGGUGGCUGACAAGGAGAGCAUCAACAAGAUGUCCCUCCACAACCUGGCCACAGUGUUUGGCCCCACCCUGCUGCGGCCUGCAGAGAAGGACAGCAAGAUCCCCACCAAUCCCACGCAGCCUAUCAGCAUGGGAGACAGCUGGUCCCUGGAGGUCAUGUCACAGGUCCAGGUGUUGCUGUACUUCCUCCAGCUGGAGACCAUCCCCACGCCGGACAGUAAGCGUCAGAGCAUCCUCUUCUCCACCGAAGUGUAGAGGGUUCCACAGGGAGAGAGAGGGUGCGAUAGAGACUCAAACCGAGUCUACAGUACAGUAUGUCCAUUUGGGAAGGCUACUGAGAGUGAGAAUGGCCCUAGCUGGACUGGACUCCAGUAGGAGAUUUCUUCGCCGCUGAUUCUGGACAUAUCCUGCAGAGGGCGCCACCACCCCCUCCAAGAACAAGAGGUUGACACCAGUACCACACAUCUGAUGAUGAUAAUGCAUUAUUACAUCACACCCAAUAGCCAGUGUGACUCUCUGUGCCUCACUGACGCAACAUAUUCUCCUCUCCUCCUCGCUCUGUCUUUUCGCUCUCAUGUCAAAGCUCCACAGCUUGUGUACGGUGUCUGGAAUGAAUGCCACUACUGGACAUGCCUGCUGUAACCACGAAUUAAACACUUAAAUUUGAUACUGAUAAGCAUGUAGGGGAAAAGAGUGUCCCAGGUAAUGGUUUAUUUUUUUUGGUAUCGGCUCCUGCUUGGUAAGCAGAGAAACAGCUAUUGUGUAACUUAUGACAGAUUCUGUGAUUUCUCAUCACACUUUUGGGCUUCUCCACUUUAAGUUAUUGUUGUGGAAGGUCAUUCUCAAUUCUUCUCGAUUUAGUUUGAAGACUUAUACAGGCAAAGCAGAAAUCCAAUGCUUUUAUUGUUUUCGUUUUGUACUGUAUGCCUCUUCAGAAAUAGCCAGAUUGUGAUGGACAUCACAUACACAGUAUAUUUGUUUUUGGACAAUUAUGAAGGCAAGAGCCUGCGCAGCGUUUUGUUUAGCCAUCUCAAAUGUUUGAGUUAUUUCUUAAUCCACCGCUGAAGAGAUUCAAUCCGUAUGUUUUACACGUGAUACAUUGGGACCACAAUGCUUAAUAGGGUUAUGUUGAAAAGGGGACAUCUGGGUCCUCUGAAGAGGUUCUGAUAGGAACAUCCAGAGCUGCCAGGAUCACCACACAGUUGUCCCAGGAAUCCAAAACUCACACACACAACAACAAAAAGUGUAUACAAGGUUAACAAACCUUGGACAAACACAGAGAGACUGCAAGAAAAGGAACAGUUGACAGAAACAGAUGAUCUUUCUAUAGAUUAUUAUAGGACUGCCAACAGUUUGGAUCAUAAAGCAAUUCUAUCUAGUUGUGUUGUUUGUGUCUCAAGUAGUCCUUAUUUUAAAUAUCCAGGAAGCAAUAUAUUUUCUAACAUAGGAUUUUGUCUGCGUUCAUAUCUUUGGUCCGGAGAUGUCAUAGGAGAUCUAGCAUAAAUAAUCUGUUGUUUGGCAUUUUUUUUAAACACAAUUGUAUUUACAGAUAAAUUAUUUACAUAAUCCUAAAGCUGUAAUUUUUGUAUUUUACUUAUUUUAACAGUGUAAUAAUCAUUGAUAUGAGCAUAAUUUAUUCUGAGGGAGGGGGCCAGAUACAACAUCUGUUUGUUCCAAUUUGAUGAAGAAAGUGGUAUAGGUUUCAGCCUUGAGUCCUGGGGUGAUGGGAGAUCAUAUCCUGCCUAUGUAACCAGGAUGUAGCCUUGUUGUGGGAAUAACUGCAGUUUUGUCCAGCCUUUUGUUAGCCAUUUAUCCAUCAUGAAGGUAACACUACCUCUAUGAUUUUGAAUGCUGCUGUGGAAAUGUCACAACCUCUCUUCAUCUGUUGGGUAACCUUCCCAGUGAGUGUCCUAGUCCACCACCACCGACCCUGAAAUCUUGCAGUGUUACUGAAGUAGUAAACAAAACAAUACAUUUAGUAGUAUACAGUACAUACAAUAACGUGUUUCCUCUUGUCAACUGUCUCUGUGGUCUUGUAAAAGUAAUUCUCAUGUAAACAAAGGUAAUUUGCCUAUUUCAAAUUGGUUGUUUUGAUUUGCAGGCGCUCUACAUUUUUGUCUAAAGUUAACCAUUCUUUUGCUUUUAUGAAAGAUUACUUGUUUAUCCUCUUUUCAAUGAAGGUGACCUAUCCUAUUUUCAUCAAUACUGUGGUGGGUGUUUGGACAGCUGUCUUAAACCGUCCCCUAGACCCCUCCACCCAUUGUCUGCCUGAUAGUAACCCACAAAAGGGACCUGGAAAAGAAAAUGCUCUUUUAUUUUGUUCAGAAAAAAAAAGAGAAGAUUAUAUUAGUAGAGUUUUAAUUUCAGUACCUUGAUUUAACAUGCAGGCAUGUUUGAUUACAUUUAUUUUCUUCACUAUGUUGUCAUCUAUAGUGAGUUCCGAAAGUAUUGGGACAGCGACACAUUUGUUGUUGUUAUGGCUCUGUACUCCAGUACUUUAGAUUUGAAAUGAUACAAUGACCAUGAGGUUAAAGUGCAGACUGUCAGCAUUGAUUUGAGGGUAUUUUUUAUCCAUAUCAGGUGAACUUUAUAGAAAUUACUGCACUGUUUGUAUAUAGUCCACCCAUUUUAGGGGACAAAAAUAUUGGGACAAAUUCACUUAUGUAUAUUAAAGUAGUCAAAAGUUAAGUAUAUAUUUAGUCCCAUAUUCAUUGCACGCACUUAUUACAUCAAGCUUGUGACUCAAAACAUGUGUUGAAUGCAUUUGCUGUUUGUUUUGGUUGUUUCAGAUUAUUUUGUGACCAAUAUAAAUG